AUGGCUCCUAUUCUUUCAAACUCCCAACCAAUUUACCAUACCCGUUCUAACAGCUUUCCCUCUAGACCACAUCCUCUCAUUUUGGAAAUCAGUGAGCACUUGAACGGAUUAAGAUCCUCUGAGGCAACAUCUACUUCUUCAUCAUCUAUAAGCCAACAACUACAUGGCCUUCAAGAUUUGCAUGAUUGUGUUGACAAGUUGCUUCAAUUGCUUCUCACAAAGAAACUUUUCUCGCAAGAGCAGCACAAGAUCUUCUUUGAUGAAGUGUUUGAUGGAUCUCUCAAGCUGUUGGAUCUGUCCAGCAUUGUCAAGGAUGCAUUGUUCCAAACCAAGGAAAGUAUACACGAGUUUCAAUCAGCCAUCCGAAGAAAAAGGAGAGGGGAAAUUGCAAUCUCUGAGAUUAGGAAAUUAAUAGCAUCGAGAAAGAUUGUGAUUAAGACAGUCAAGAAGAUCUCGAAGAGCUUAAAGGGUUUGGAGAGUAAAUACAAAUCUGACAAAGAUGAUGAAGUUUCUUCCAUGAUUCGUUUGUUGAGAGAAGUGAGAGAAGGCACUUUGGUAGUCUUUGAGUCAUUGUUGUCCUUAAUAUCUGGAUCAAAGCCACCAUCAAAGUCCAGCAGCAGAAACUGGGGUUUACUUUCCAAGCUGGUGGACAACAAAAGAUUAUCCUGUGAGGAAGAACCAAAUGUCAACGAAUUUGCAAUGAUGGAUGCUGCUUUGCACUCUGUCAUUGGCUGCAAAAUUGAAGAGACCAUCAAAAUUGAGAAUCUGCAAAGCAUGUUUAUAAACUUGGAGCUGUGCGUUCAAGAUCUUGAAGGAGGACUUGAGUGCCUCUUUAGGUGCUUAAUCAAAGAGAGAGUUUCUAUUCUCAAUAUCUUCAGCCACUAG